AUGACAAUAGAAAGACAAUACAACGACAAUACAACGACAAUACAACGACAAUACAACGACAAUACAACGACAACGACAACGACAAGACAACGACAAUACAACGACAAUACAACGACAACGACAACGACAACGACAAUACAACGACAAUACAACGACAAUACAACGACAAGACAACGACAAUACAACGACAAUACAACGACAACGACAACGACAAUACAACGACCACGACAACGACCACGACAAUACAACGACAAUACAACGACAAGACAACGACAAGACAACGACAAUAGAAUGACAAUACAACGACAAUACAACGACGAUACAACGACAAUACAAAGACAAUGA